AAUCCAAGAUAAGUGAUGACAGGGGCCAAAAGUUAAUUCACAGAACUGUCAAGCUGUUAAAUUUGUACCGUUUUAUUUUCUACCCCCCAACAUUUAUUUAUUAUCUGAUUUUUCGAAAACCGUGCGUUUCAUGAAUGGUGGCAGUGCACUUUACCAACUGGUGGACCGACACGUAAUGAUAAACGUCACUUCAGCGUAAAAACCUCAAAUAAAAACAUGGUAAAAUUGUAUUGUAUCAGUAUCCUGUACAAAGGAGCAACAGUUGCUAAAUGUUUGAAGUCCGCAUGCGAACUGCAAAGCUUCAGUUACUUCCAAAGGGGCUCAGUGCAGGAGUUUAUGUUCUUUUUUUGUAAAACCAUUGUUGAACGAACCAUUCCAGCAUCCAGGCAGUCAGUCAAAGAAGGAGAGUAUUUGUGUCAUGUUUAUGUACGAGGAGAUAAUUUAGGAGGGGUGAUUAUAACAGACCACGAAUAUCCCUCCAGAGUAAGUCACACACUACUAACAAAAAUCUUGGAUGAAUUUGCCGCAAAAUUCCCCAUCGACAGUUGGCCUCAAAUGAAUGAGGGGGACGUACAAUUCCCUCAGAUCAACCAGUAUUUGUCAAAGUAUCAAAAUCCAAGGGAGGCAGAUGCAAUGACCAAAAUUCAAGAGGAUCUAGACGAAACUAAAAUCAUUUUGCAUAACACAAUUGUUAAUGUACUACAACGAGGCGAAAAACUCGACGAUUUAGUAACCAAAUCCGAGGGACUGAGUUUGCAGUCAAAAGCGUUCUACAAAACUGCGAGAAAGACGAACAGUUGUUGUUCAUUCAGUUAAAACAUUCCUGGUAUUAAUUUAUUGUUUUAUUUUAGCCAAAAAAUAGUAAAAACUACUUAAUUGAUUGGUAUAUGUGGAAGUUGUUUGGAAAGAUAUAUGUACAGCUUACUGUUUAAGAUCGUUCGCCAAAUUAUAUUUAAAUGGAGCUAAUUGUGUUGGUUUAGUGCAUUAUUGUUUGUUAAUUUUAUGACAAUAAAUGUGAUUACUUUGA